AUGACUGUUCUUCCGCUCGAGCCCGAGUUUUCUCAGGCCUACAAUGAGCUGGCCAGCACCCUGGAGGACAGCACCCUCUUCGAAAAGUACCCCGAGCUCCGCACCGCCCUGUCCGUUGUCUCCAUCCCCGAGCGCGUGAUCCAGUUCCGCGUCGUGUGGGAGGACGACAGCGGGGCGCUGCGGGUGAACCGCGGGUACCGCGUGCAGUUCAGCUCCGCCCUGGGCCCGUACAAGGGCGGCCUGCGCCUGCACCCCUCGGUCAACCUGUCCAUCCUCAAGUUUCUCGGCUUCGAGCAGAUCUUCAAAAACGCCCUGACGGGGCUCAACAUGGGCGGCGGCAAGGGCGGUGCCGACUUUGACCCCAAGGGCAAGUCCGACUCCGAGAUUCGCCGCUUCUGCGUCGCCUUCAUGACGGAGCUAUCCAAGCACAUUGGCGCCGAUACCGACGUGCCCGCGGGCGACAUUGGCGUCGGCGGCAGGGAGAUUGGUUACAUGUUUGGCGCUUACAGGAAGCUGAGGAACCGCUUCGAGGGCGUGCUUACUGGGAAGGGACUCGACUGGGGUGGCAGUCUGAUCAGGCCUGAGGCCACCGGAUACGGUCUAGUGUACUACGUCGGCCACAUGCUCGAGUACGCGGGCGCGGGGGGCUGGGCCGGCAAGCGCGUGGCAAUCUCUGGAUCCGGCAAUGUGGCCCAGUACGCGGCGCUCAAGGUCAUGGAGCUCGGCGGCACCGUGGUGUCGCUGUCCGACUCGCGCAGCGCCCUCGUCGCCGUCGAGGGCGGCCGCACCAUCACCGAGGCCGACGUCCGGCGCGUCAUGGAGCUCAAGGACCGCCGCCGCCCGCUGUCCGACCUCCUCCCCGACGGCGCCGGCGACGAGGGCGCCUCCACCAGCCCGGGCGGACUCAAGCACUUUCCCGGCGCCAGGCCCUGGACCCACGUCGGCAAGGUCGACGUCGCCCUGCCCUGCGCCACCGAGAACGAGGUCAGCAGGGACGAGGCCGAGGCGCUCGUCGCGGCCGGCUGCCGUUUCGUCGCCGAGGGGUCCAACAUGGGCUGCGAGCAGGGCGCCAUCGACGUCUUUGAGGCGAACAGGCGGUCAAAGGGCAAGGGCGAGGCCGUAUGGUACGCCCCUGGAAAGGCGGCAAACUGUGGUGGUGUCGCCGUCUCUGGGUUAGAGAUGGGGCAGAACAGCUCGCGCUUGACGUGGAGCCGCGAAAAGGUCGACAAGGAGCUUGCCAACAUCAUGGAGACGGCCUUCCGCACCGGCUUGGACACGGCAAAGGAGUACGUCAACCGUGCCAGCGACGACGAGCUGCCCAGCCUGGUGGCGGGAAGCAACAUUGCCGGCUUCGUCAAGGUCGCGCGCGCCAUGCAGGCUCAGGGCGAUUGGUGGUGA